AUGGAGAAAUAUUUAUUUUGGAAGCAGAAGGACUCUGACUUCCCAAGGGAUGACCCUAAUAUUGGUCCUUUCAUUCCAGACUACACUUGUCGUCUCAUUAACAAUGGGAUUCAUGGGAGACAAAUCUUGGCACUCGAAAUCAAGAGACAAAUCAUUGUAGAGGGGUUGGUGCAAAUCAGUAAUGAAGACCUUGAAGAAGAAAAUUUCAGUGGACAUUUACAUAACGUAAUUCGGCAAAUUUACAAUUACCUAUCAUCAUUACAACUUCAAUACGGAACACUUUCAAGUUAUGAUUAUCAUUGGUUCAUGUAUCGACCAAAAAAUAAUCAUACAGAGUUACACAUUUCACAUGCUCUUCAAUGUGAUUCGACCAGUCCAUCAGUUUUUAAGUCGUAUGCAUAUCUAGCUCAGUUAGCAGAAAGAGAUCCCACAUCCCCACAUCAUAAUAUAAUUAACCGUGGUAGGAGACAAAAUUUACAAUUACAACAAGAUCCGCAAAGCUCUGAGAAUACCCAGGUAUUUAGAAGUCUGAGCAGUUCCCAUUAUGGCUCAAAUGUGUCAUCCAUGAUUACUGGCAGCCAGGAAACACGGCAGCAACCACAAGAUAAAGAGGAAAUUACGGAGCAGGAUUUUGAUGUUUCAGAAUUUAAGCUUAAGAGUUCAUUAGGCUAUGGACAAACUGGAGGGACUUACCAAUGUGAAUUUUAUGGGCAAGCAAUAGCCUUGAAGGCUUUAGAUCUAUAUAAGAAUAGCAGAUUUUUUUAUAAAAUGCAAAAUGAAAUCGAAAUAUACAAACGUCUUACUACAAUUCAAGGAAUGUAUAUACCAAAAUUGGUAUGUUAUGGUUAUUAUGGGGGCGGGAUGGGCUAUAUUAUGGGUACAACAAUUGUUGGUACUAUGUUGAGUUUUCAUAAGAUAGAACAAUGGCAAAAAAGUAAUGCUCUCAAGGCAUUAAAGGUGAUUCAUAGUCAUAACAUUCUCCACAAUGAUAUUAGAGAAGGAAAUAUCUUAGUUAACGAAAAAAGUAAUAUAUAUAUUAUUGACUUUGGGAUGUCAAUUGUAACUGAUAAAAAGAAGCUGUUUCGUCGAGAAGAAUCUGAAUUAUCCCGUUUAUUAAAUCGCUAUAUGUAA